ACCCACUGCAACCGACUCACCUAUAAUAACGGUCAAUUACUGUAUUUCAACGUGUUAAUGUGUACUUUAUUUUUCUUUUAAUAUUUGUCCUACCGCACAAAAUAAAUUUCAAUGGUAUCGACGUCGUAGUCCACCAUAAGUAUUUCUGCGAAACGAAACGGUGCUCGAAACAGGAUAGCAUCUCGAGUUGAGAAUCUCUGGGUACGUCUUCUGCUGCACGUCAAUGCCCGAACUGUCAAGACCGCUUGGCGAGCGUACAGUAACAACGGUGAUAAAACUCGUUCCGUGUGCGACAUAUCAGUUUUAUCGUAGAAGAAAUUUGGGAUCAGCAUCUAGCGACACAUCGGGAACACCGGGUACCGCGCGAUUAGUCAGCGCCAGUCACUGACUAGCGCGGUGCAUACCUUUGGAUCUGACGGACUGACGUCGUACUCGAACGCAAAUGACUACAUGUCAAAGCCAGUGAGCGGCGUACUUUAAGUGAACGUUAUUUGUAUCUCUGCCGACGGAGCUGGAUAUCCUCCAAACGUCGAAAAAAUGUUGGCACUUAUCAAUCGAAUUUUGGACUGGUUCAAGUCCCUCUUUUGGAAAGAGGAAAUGGAGCUCACCCUCGUCGGCUUGCAGUACAGUGGGAAAACCACCUUCGUAAAUGUCAUAGCGUCGGGACAGUUCAGCGAAGAUAUGAUUCCUACUGUCGGUUUCAACAUGCGUAAAAUAACGAAAGGCAAUGUCACUAUAAAAGUAUGGGACAUUGGAGGCCAACCGAGGUUUAGAUCUAUGUGGGAAAGAUACUGUAGAGGGGUGAAUGCAAUAGUAUAUAUGGUGGACGCAGCCGAUUCUGAAAAAAUAGAAGCCAGUCGCAACGAGUUGCACAAUCUAUUGGACAAACCUCAGUUAGCUGGUAUUCCAGUGCUGGUACUUGGUAACAAAAGGGAUUUAGCUCAUGCUUUGGAUGAGAAUGGUCUUAUAGAAAGAAUGAAUUUAGCUGCUAUUCAAGAUCGUGAGAUUUGUUGCUAUAGUAUUUCGUGCAAAGAAAAAGACAAUAUUGAUAUUACAUUGCAGUGGCUUAUAGCACAUUCUAGAAGUGGUGUUCGCUAAUACGUGUAACAAAUUUUCUGUUCUUAUACAUUCUUAUUGGAAACCCAAGAUAUUGAUAGCAGAAUUGGGAUCAAACGUGCGAGGAAGUGUUCGGCAGUUUUAUUCUGAAUUAAUUGAUUGUCGUAGAAAAUUUCCUUUUUUACAUCUAAGCUUUAGCUUUCUUCGUUCAAACAUAUAAAAACUCGUAGAAAAUUUCAUUAAAAAUAAAGAAAGCCAAGAAAAUUAUGCUUAAGUCAAAUAUGUUCGAGCGAACGAUAUCGAGACACAUACAUCCUUGCGAGCACUUUAGGUAUAAGUAACAACUUUUUUAUAUUGCGUUUUUAGGUAAUCAGUUUAACACUGCUGUUGUUCUAAUAUGAAAUCAUCAGACGAAAAUAGCAUUUAAACGGUUAACGUAGAGACAGUGGUAGCUAGUACGAAUACAGGCGCGCAUACUAUCAAUUAUCAUAUAGUACACAUUCUUGAAAAUAUUUAAUUACUACUAAUAAGUCACGGCAUAGAGAUUACGUACAUUUGAUCGCUAUAUGUACACGAAUAUGAUGCUAAGUAAACUUGUAUAAUUAAUGGAGAAUGAUUAACUAUAUUAUACCGAUUUAUUAUGAUCCUUGAAAAUAUGACAGUUGUGUUAUGUAUAUACACGUAUAUACACAUAUAUGCAUAUAUAUAUAUAUAUAAAAAGAAUAAAAUGAUGUAAUCCAUUUUUUUAAAUGGAAGAUGGUCUCUGAGGAAAUUUCUACAAUCAUUGAGGAGAAGGAAAAUAAAAUAUUGUAUGUUUUUAAAACGACAAUAUUCACCAAUAUUUUUAACCAUUUAAAACGAGUUCAGAAAAGUUCUGAUUGGUCGAGGUGUAGAACGUCAUAGUGCAAUCGAUUAUAUGCUAAGUCGAGAAUCGAUUUAUGAGAUCAUGUGCGUGUUCGCUUGCGCAUUACGUGUAAGUAUAAGAAACUAUAGUCGGAAAAAGAUCACAGUGUUUUGAAAGUUUCUAUUUAUUCGAAAAAGUUAACAUGCCAGCCUCAAAUGAUGAUGAUCCCUAUGCACACGCAGCCAAGGGUCUUUUAAAAUUGAAAAAUGAUCAAGGUGUUAGCAAAAAG